CGAAUUCUGUUAUGUUUCCGGUGAGAUUGGGACUGGAUCCGGCCACUUGGUUCAGAAUCGAUCAGCAGCGGACGCAAAUGCUGGUUCAGAUUUUCUUUUGUUCUUGGGUUAGUUUAUGGUGAAUGAGGGUUUGGAGCCGUCGCAAGAGGAUGAGAUGAAAAGGCGAGAUGUGAUCAAGCAGCUCAAACAGAUUGUUUUGGCAUGGAUAAUGAAGGUUGCCUGGAAAUACGGACUUCCUAAUGAACUAAUUUCAAGCACGACAGCGACAAUCUUGACAUAUGGUUCAUAUGGUUUAGGGGUUCAUGGAUCCGACUCUGAUAUAGAUGCGUUAUGUGUGGGUCCUUACUUUGCAAACUUGGAGGAAGACUUUUUUGUUUUUCUGCGUGACAUGCUUCAGAGUAGACCUGAAGUAUCGGACAUUAUUUGCAUCAAAAGUGCCAAGAUCCCUCUCAUGCGUUUUAAGUACAAUGGGAUAUCAGUUGAUUUUCCUUAUGCCCAGCUUUGCUCUGCCUCGGUUCCUGAUGAUCUGGACCUCUUCGAUCCCUAUUUGGCUGUUGCUGACGAAACCAGUCUGAGAAGCCUAUCUGGAGUGCGGGCCAAUCGGAGAAUUCUCGAAUUAGUUCCAAAUUUGAAGAACUUCCAAACAGUUCUACGUUGUGUUAAAUUAUGGGCGAGAAGGCGUGGAAUCUACUCUCAUUUACUUGGCUUCUUCGGAGGGAUCCAUCUGGCAAUCCUUGUAGCUCAAGUUUGUCAGAGAUAUCCAAAUGCCAGUGUAAACUCACUUAUGUCUAUUUUCUUUGAGUGUUUUUCUCGUUGGCCCUGGCCCCAACCCGUGAUCUUGCUAGAUAAGUCCAUACCAUUCAAGUAUCCUGGUAAUCGUGCCCUCAUGCCAAUCAUGAUGCCUUGUCCACCAUUUGACUGGUGUAACUCUAACAUCACAAAAAGCACGUUCAACAAGAUUGACGCGGAAUUCCAGCGUGGAUUUACUAUGACCAGGGACUUUGAGAGGGUUAAUUUCGAAUGGAGUUGCCUGUUUGAGCCUUUUCCUUACAGUAAGAAGUACAUAAGCUUCCUCCGAAUUUUACUCACCGCACCUGAUGAUGAUGGAUUAAGAGACUGGUCUGGCUGGGUAAAAUCGCGCUUCAGAAGUCUUGUCCUCAAGCUGGAGACAGUGCAGGGGCAUUGUGAUCCAAACCCCACAGAGUACAUAGAUCACAAGAUUGCUGACCCUAACGUUGUAUUCUACUGGGGCUUAUCAACUAAUGGAAGCAAUUACAUUGAUGUUUACUCUAUUAGGGAGGAUUUCAUGAAGAGUGUGAAUAAAGAUAUUUACAGUGACACAAGUAGUAAAAACUAUAAGUUAGAGCUAUCGGUUGUUGAAUCCAGUCAACUUCCCAAAAACUUGGACCUCGCUGAUACUUGAGGAUAGAGGAGUUCUGUACAUGCUUACAGCUUAUUUUGGGAGUAGAGAUACCCUUGGGAGCUAAGGAAGUCUCCUCCAUUUAUACCAAGAAUCAACAUUUCUCAAAGGAUCCUCAUGUUUGGGGUGAUUCUAUGUUUAGAUUGUCACAAAAAGAUGAAGGGGGUAAUUAUUUUUCUUGUGUUACCCUAUGAAACUGUAUAUGUUAAAUUAAAAAAAAAUGUUAUCUGUUGGAGCUUACCGUCACCCUUUUUAGCAACCACCGGAUCCUGUUAACGGGCCGGAGGCGGGGCUGAUUGUUAUCCUCUAUUGUUUUUGUACAGAAUUUAAAGAGGUGUGUCCUUAACCUUUUGUUGUUGUUGUUGUUGCAAAUUGUAUGUACAAAUGUUUGUAAUCUUUAAUAGAAAGAGGCAACAUUUUUUGAA